GCAGGAAGAGAGCGCGCGGUGGCCACUCCACGAACACAGACAUUGCACUAGGUUCAAAAAGCGGUGGAGCUCAACAUGUCACAUUUCUAAUGCUGGUUCACGGUCGGAACCCAUCUUACUCUCACACUGAACUUGCGAAUUUGGGCUGAAAACUGCGUCCAGAGCCACAACGGCGUCGCUGCCUUCGGUUUGAAAUACAGCAGGGUUGCUAGCGGACGGGGAGCGCUUUCGAGAGGAAUCAGAGACGAGAGAGGGCUGUUUUCAGAACCAUGAGAGAAUACAAAGUAGUGGUGCUCGGAUCCGGCGGAGUUGGAAAAUCCGCAUUGACUGUGCAAUUCGUAACGGGAUCCUUUAUAGAGAAAUAUGAUCCCACGAUAGAGGAUUUCUACCGAAAGGAGAUCGAGGUGGACUCAUCUCCUUCCGUUCUGGAGAUACUGGACACGGCGGGGACGGAGCAGUUUGCCUCCAUGAGAGACCUGUACAUAAAAAACGGGCAGGGCUUCAUCCUAGUCUACAGCUUGGUCAACCAACAAAGCUUCCAAGACAUCAAACCAAUGAGGGAUCAAAUCAUCCGAGUGAAACGGAACGAGAGGGUGCCGAUGAUUCUGGUCGGGAAUAAAGUAGACCUGGAGGGCGAGAGGGAGGUCUCGUCCGGGGAGGGGAAAGCGCUUGCGGAUGAGUGGAAUUGCCCGUUUAUGGAAACUUCAGCCAAAAAUAAAGGCUCGGUGGACGAACUGUUUGCAGAGAUUGUCAGACAGAUGAACUAUGCUUCAGCACCAGGUGGAGACGACCAGUGCUGCUCGUCCUGUGUUAUUAUUUAAAAGGGAAUCUGAGUGAGAGAGAAAAAAAAACGAUUUUUUUUUUUAAGUUUGCAAAUGGUUGUGUUGCAGGGAGGCUGUACUGUUGAGUUCUUCUUCGUGGCUCACCCUGGUCUUGGACAGAAUGAGGGGAGGAGGGGAGUGGCCAUGCAGGGAGGCUGUACUGUUGAGUUCUUCUUCGUGGCUCACCCUGGUCUUGGACAGAAUGAGGGGAGGAGGGGAGUGGCCAUGCAGGGAGGCUGUACUGUUGAGUUCUUCUUCGUGGCUCACCCUGGUCUUGGACAGAAUGAGGGGAGGAGGGGAGUGGCCAUGCAGGGAGGCUGUACUGUUGAGUUCUUCUUCGUGGCUCACCCUGGUCUUGGACAGAAUGAGGGGAGGAGGGGAGUGGCCAUGCAGGGAGGGCUGGGGCCACUCUUCAGGAAUUCCACUCAGCUGGUGUUUCUUUGCAGCAAACUCAAUGUACACCAUUGAUGUCAACAUAAAUGGCAGAUCUAAAGAUCAGCUGAGUUAGAAACCCCAGUCUCUUGCACAUUCAACUGUAACACAUCCCCAACAGCAAAAGACUUUGAGACUGGGACCUGAAACGCUAUGGAUAUUUCUUUUUUUGAAAAGUGGAGAUGACUAGAUAUGUAUAUUUUAUUAAUUGCUGCACACUUGUUGUUGUUUUUUUUGGGGGGGGGGGGGUUGAGUGACAUUUCUCCCACCCUCAUGGAGUCAUUUUCUGUGGCCACAACACACAAAGUUGAUGUUUUUCAAAGUCAACGAUGUAAGAAUUGGACAGCAUUUUUGUGGAGUGUUAUGACGAGUUUCACUCCCUUUUUUCCCCUCUCCUUCAACGUGUCGAGGACUUUAGUGACGGAGGACGGCGACCCGACCACCCUCGCAUCGAGUGCCUUUCCAAAACACAUCAGCUGUUCAAAUUCAGUGCCAACCAGAGUCUCCACAAGAAACCCACAACAUGGCAAUCCACAAAGUUCCUAACUGCUGGAUAAUCUCUUGGGGGUGGGAGAAGAAGAAACAGUGAAACAAAAAGCCUUUUGAUAAAGGAAUGGUGGUUGUCUUUUUCAUUUUGGCCUUUUGAAAACUAAGUUGUUUUUUUUGUUGUUGCAAUUUCUCUCAUGGGUUUGGCCAAAUGUACAUUGAAAUACACAGGUACUGGAACCACUUGACCUAACCACACCAAACGCUUCUUCCAGACCACUUAAAUCAAAUGAGUUCUAUGUUUGUUUUUAAAAGAAAAUGUGAUGUACCAUUGAAAAAUCUAACCUGAUUGUAAGUUUAAUUUCAGACCUUUUAACAGCUGUCUGUUUUGUUUUCAAAAUACUUUUAAUACAAAUUGCAUUUUUCUAAGACA